ACCUCUGCCUCUGCCUCAACCUCUGGAGUAGCUUGGGCCUAUGGGCCUGAAAUACUGUUUCUUUAAGGAAGGGUGUGUUACCUAUCAUUCCAAACCACAAAAGGAUGCCCCGGUGUUGGGCAAGGAGAGGUCAGAGUUUCUUGCACAUGGCCUUGUAGUGGCGGCCAUGGCCCUGCAUAGAAUCUGCAGGUGGCAGCCAGGACGCUACGGGUGUCGAGUGCACAUUGUGGCCUGGUGCCAACCAUGGCAAGGGCGGGCAGCCCCGUGCCUGCCGCGCGCACUUUCCUCACCGGGUCCUGCGUCCUUGGGCAGGCGAUGCCCCUGCCUGGAGGGACCAGUCCACCCCCGGCCAGCCACGGACCCAUGCAUGGACCCAGCGACCCACGGACCCACUUACCUGGGCGCGGCACGGGUGGCAUGCGGCCAUACGGAGGGGGCGCGCUAGGCUGCUGUGGCCUCUGCAGCUUCUGCACUUGCCGCGGGGCAGCUAGAGAUGAAAUCAUGCACCAGGACAUCGUCCCGCUCUGCGCUGCUGACAUCCAGGACCAGCUGAAGAAGCGCUUUGCUUACCUGUCUGGUGGGCGGGGGCAGGACGGAAGCCCAGUCAUCACCUUCCCCGACUACCCGGCCUUCAGCGAGAUCCCGGACAAGGAGUUCCAGAAUGUCAUGACCUACCUCACAGGCAUCCCCAGCCUGCAGGACGCUGGCAUCGGAUUCAUCCUGCUGAUAGACCGGCGGCGGGACAAAUGGACCUCCGUGAAGGCGUCCGUCCUGCGCAUCGCAGCGUCUUUCCCAGCAAACCUGCAGCUUGUCCUUGUUCUUCGCCCAACGGGAUUUUUCCAGAGGACUCUCUCCGACAUCGCUUUCAAAUUCAAUAGAGAUGACUUUAAGAUGAAGGUGCCGGUCAUAAUGCUGAGCUCUGUUCCAGACCUACACGGUUACAUUGAUAAGUCACAGCUGACUGAGGACCUGGGCGGGACCCUGGACUACUGUCACUCUCGGUGGCUGUGCCAGCGCACGGCCAUUGAAAGUUUUGCCCUCAUGGUGAAGCAGACGGCUCAGAUGCUGCAGUCCUUCGGGACGGAGCUGGCGGAAACAGAGCUGCCCAAUGACGUCCAGUCAACAAGCUCAGUGCUGUGUGCACACAUGGAGAAGAAGGACAAGGCGAAGGAGGACUUGUGGCUGGCACUGAAAGAGGGGCACAACAUUCUGGAGAGCCUCAGGGAGCCGCAGGCUGAGGGCUCGGAGCCCGGUGUGAACCAGGACCAGCUCGACAACCAGGCCACCGUGCAGAGGCUCCUGGCCCAGCUGAAUGAAACCGAGGCUGCCUUCGAUGAGUUCUGGGCAAAGCAUCAGCAAAAGCUGGAGCAGUGCCUGCAGCUCCGGCACUUCGAACAGGGCUUCCGGGAGGUCAAAGCCGUCUUGGACACGGUGUCCCAGAAGAUAGCGACCUUCACAGACAUUGGCAACAGCCUGGCACACGUGGAGCACCUGCUGAGGGACCUGGCCAGCUUUGAGGAGAGAUCCAGCGUGGCUGUGGAGAGGGCCCAGGCCCUGUCUCUGGACGGCGAGCAGCUCAUUGAGAACAAGCACUACGCCGUGGACUCCAUCCACCCCAAGUGCCAGGAGCUCCGGCACCUCUGUGACCAGUUCUCUGCAGAGAUCGCAAGGAGGAGGGGCCUGCUCAGCAAGUCACUGGAACUGCACCACCGCCUGGAGACGUCCAUGAAGUGGUGUGAUGAAGGGAUUUACCUGCUGGCCUCACAACCUGUGGACAAGUGCCAGUCCCAGGAUGGUGCAGAGGCCGCCCUCCAGGAAAUUGAGAAAUUUUUGGAGACCGGCACGGAAAAUAAGAUCCAGGAGCUCAGCACGAUUUACAAGGAAUAUGAAUCCAUCCUCAACCAAGACCUCAUGGAGCAUGUGCGGAAGGUCUUCCAGAAGCAGGCGAGCAUGGAGGAGGUGUUCCACCGCAGGCAGGCCAGCCUGAAGAAGCUGGCAGCCAGGCAGACGCGGCCCGUGCAGCCGGUGGCCCCAAGGCCCGAGGCGCUGGCAAAGUCGCCCUGCCCCUCCCCAGGCAUCCGGCGAGGCUCCGAGAACUGCAGCUCCGAGGGCGUGCUCCGGAGAGGGCCCUACCGGAGAGCCAAGAGUGAGAUGAGUGAGAGCCGGCAGAGCCGCGGCUCGGCAGGGGAGGAGGAGGAGAGCCUGGCCAUCCUGCGCAGGCACGUGAUGAGUGAGCUCCUGGACACAGAACGGGCCUACGUGGAGGAGCUGCUGUGCGUCCUGGAGGGCUACGCCGCUGAGAUGGACAACCCGCUGAUGGCUCAUCUCCUUUCAACAGGCCUGCACAGCAAGAAGGACGUUCUAUUUGGGAACAUGGAGGAAAUCUAUCACUUCCACAACAGGAUAUUCCUGAGGGAGCUGGAAAACUACACUGCCUGCCCAGAGCUGGUUGGAAGAUGCUUUCUGGAGAGGAUGGAGGACUUCCAGAUCUACGAGAAGUACUGUCAGAACAAGCCCCGCUCCGAGAGCCUGUGGAGGCAGUGCUCGGACUGCCCGUUCUUCCAGGAAUGCCAGAGGAAGCUGGACCACAAGCUGAGCCUGGACUCGUACCUGCUGAAGCCGGUGCAGAGGAUCACCAAGUACCAGCUGCUGCUCAAGGAAAUGCUGAAAUACAGCAAGAACUGCGAGGGGGCUGAGGAUCUGCAGGAGGCACUGAGCUCCAUCCUGGGCAUCCUGAAGGCCGUGAACGACUCAAUGCACCUAAUCGCCAUCACCGGCUAUGACGGGAACCUUGGCGACCUGGGCAAGCUGCUGAUGCAGGGCUCCUUCAGCGUCUGGACCGACCACAAGAGGGGCCACACCAAGGUGAAGGAGCUGGCCAGGUUCAAGCCCAUGCAGCGGCACCUGUUUCUGCAUGAGAAGGCCGUGCUCUUCUGCAAGAAGCGGGAGGAGAACGGGGAGGGGUAUGAGAAAGCCCCCUCCUACAGCUACAAGCAGUCCCUAAAUAUGGCUGCCGUCGGCAUCACAGAGAACGUGAAGGGGGACGCCAAGAAGUUCGAGAUCUGGUACAACGCGCGCGAGGAAGUCUACAUCGUCCAGGCACCAACUCCGGAGAUUAAAGCCGCCUGGGUGAAUGAAAUUCGGAAGGUGCUGACCAGCCAGCUGCAGGCUUGUCGAGAAGCCAGCCAGCACCGGGCAUUGGAGCAGUCACACAGCUUGCCCCUGCCGGCGCCGACCAGCACCAGUCCCUCAAGAGGAAACCCAAGGAACAUCAAAAAGCUGGAAGAAAGGAAAACAGACCCGCUGAGCCUGGAGGGAUACGGCAGCUCAGCGCCGCUGUCAAAGCCCCCCGAAAAGGGCAAAGAUGACGAGGUCACUAGCUCUACCUCAGAAAGCUCUGCGCUUUCCAGAAAGCGCUUUACCCUGCAGGGCUUUGGUAACCUCAAAGGUCAGAAAGCUUCUCCUACCAGUCCUGACAAAAAAGCCAAGCGGCACGAAGUAAAGAGCGACCCGACUCCUUUUGGUCUGCGAGGUUGGAGCAAAACAUCCCACUCACUGGAGGCACCUGAGGACGACGGGGGCUGGUCAAGUGCAGAGGAGCAGAUUAACUCGUCCGACGCAGAGGAGGACGGCGGGGUGGGCCCCAAGAAGCUGGUUCUGGGGAAAUACACAGUCGUGGCAGACCACGAGAAGGGAGGCCCCGAUGCGCUGGUUGUGAGGAGCGGGGACGUGGUGGAGCUGGUGCAGGAGGGCGACGAGGGCCUUUGGUAUGUCAGGGACUCCACCACCGGCAAGGAAGGCUGGGUGCCGGCCAGCAGCCUGUCUGUCCACCUCGGCCAAUCCAGCUCGGCCCAGUGCCUGAGCAGCUCAGAGUCAAGCCCCGGGUCGGCCGUGCUGAGCAACUCAUCCAGCUGCAGCGAGGGCGGCCAGGCCCCCUUCAACCUGCAGGCGUAGCGCCACGCCGUCUCGGCACAGAAGACCAGCGCGCUCUGGGGACUGCCGCUGCGAGGGCUGGCGUGGCAUGAGGAGGGCACGGUGCCCCCGGACAUCCCAGGAAGGGGCACCUCACCGCCCAGACCCAGAGCUCCUGGCUGUGUGAGCUGCAGAGGACCCCUCCGGGGCAGAGGCUGGUUCCACGGAAGACCCCGGACCACAGGGCCUUCCUUGGAGACUCCAGAGCCCGCCGAGGAGGGACUGCUGGGAAUAGCCCUGGCAGGCAGUGCCAGGCAGCGGUGUCUCACCCUGGCUCCACUGCGCUGUCUCUGCCUCCGGACAGUGCCUUCGGGGGCACGCAGACCAGGGAGCUGGUCCCGGAGAAGGGUGAGAUCCUCUGACCAAUGGCCUGAGGGGAGCAGGGCAUGGGGACUCUGUAUUUACAAGUUUUAGGAUUUUUUUUUAAGCAGGGAUCAAUCCCAUGGCCAUUUUUUGUGGUACUUUGGCCUCAAUUCUUUACCAGGAAUCACUGUGUUUACACGAAAUGACAAUUUGAUACUGUAUUUGAUAGAAAACUAUUUUUUGUUACCGGGGUUUACAUAGAAGCAUGUUGUUUAUACCACGGCAUGACUCUGGGACCCUCCUGUGGGAAACAGAUGGCACUCCCUGAGCUCCCUGCUCACAGGUGGAUGAAAACAUGCCCCUGGUGGCAUCUCCACCACCAAAAGCGGUCAGAAGCCAAGGAGAUUCCUUCACCUGCAGACACUUCAUUUUCAAAAGAAAAUUUAAACCAUAAUUUAAACAGUUAACCUUCUUUUCUACAAAAAUAAAAUGCAGGGACUUGAUUUUUUUUAAAGAGCUCCACUGGAUUAGGAUAUUUUUAUUGCUUUUAAAGAAAAUACGAAGAUGCCGUUUUUGCAGGGUGUCGUGUGCACCAGCACUGCUGACCUGAGCUCAGAGAGCCCUGCCCCUGCCUCACUGCACCGCAGCCUCCUCGGAGGCCACACCUCCACUCCCCCCACGUGCCCCCUGCCACCCUCCAGGUCCACCUGCCACCCAAUGACCAUCUUGGGUAAGAAGUGUAAGUGGGGAGAGUUUAUUUUAUUUAAGUCACAGCAGAACUGGAAAAACCCCUUCUGUUUUACCCUUCUUGUGUUUCAGAAACAUAUUUUGUUCUUUUGAAGCCUUUUUGGUGUCUGGUCUGCAGAUAUUUUUGUAUGUGUGCACCUCUGACCAUGUGUGUACAUAUGCCUCGCCGGAAAGGGCACGUUCGCCGUCCCCAUGCUGCUGGGUGCGCCGACUCACCGCCUCAUGGUUGUGGCCCCAGCGCAGUGGAGGCGGGCAUGGCUGCAUUCCCCUCAUGCUCCCCUCCUGGUGGUGGCCUGCAGCCAUCACUGGCCAGACCUCCAGGGUGCAGAAUUACAUAGGGAGCGUGCAGAGACUCAGUAGCUUUUCCUCUGAUGUAUAAGUUACUUGGAACUUGCUGUGUCCUACGUCCCCGAUGUGCUGUGAGGGCGCAGUGCCUCCAUCUCAUGGUGCAGCUGCGUGCCCUUGUGUGACCCUCUCCAUAAAGGCACUUUACAGCUUCAUGUUUCAUCCACUGUCACUUUUUUUUUAACUGCUGAUGUAAAUGAAAUUUUAAAAGCAGAGUUCUUUAUUGUAUGGAUGAAGUCUGAAUAAAUAUCAGCAACUCCUGC